GACAUAACCUGGCUGAAAGGAGAGGAAGAGCCAUGGGUCCUGGGUCUCCAGGGGUCCAAGGAGCAGAAAGCCCACGAAGUGUCCCUAUAGCCAGAGACUCCUCCUGCAUUCUCUUUUGGUUCCAGCAGGUGACAAGGUCAUGAGUAAGAGUGAGGAGGAGGACGCUCAGCAGGAACCACAUGGGACAGUACUGGGAAGAGCUGAAGAAGACAUUGCUCAGAGUCCUGAGCAGGGAGAAGCUUGUGGAAAUGAGAGUGAGCCACUGCUGCCAAAUGGAGCAAACUGCAGCAAAAGAGGCAGCAGCCUCCCGGCUCGCAGGGGACAAGGAGUGAAUAACCUUGAAGCACUUAGUUUGACGAGGAACCUAAGUGGGAAGAGACCAAACCUAUGCAGGGAGUGUGGGAAAAGCUUCCGCUGGAGAUCAAGGCUUAUUACACAUCAGCGACUCCACACCGGAGAGAAACCCUAUAAAUGUCAUGACUGUGGGCAGAGCUUCAACGAGAGCUCUGCCCUGACCGUGCACCAGAGGAUCCACACGGGCGAGAAGCCUUUCAAGUGCCCCGACUGUGGGAAGAGCUUCACUCAGAGUUCAAACCUCAUCCAACAUCAAAGGAUCCACACAGAGGAGAAGCCCUACAAGUGUCAAGACUGUGAGAAAAGCUUUAACGACAGCCGGCACCUUGUCCGGCACCAGAGAUCCCACUCUGGAGACAAGCCAUACCAAUGUAUGGAUUGUGGGAAGAGCUUCAGUCAGAAAUCGGAUCUCACAAGACACCGAGGAACCCACUUUGGGGAGAAACCUUUUAAAUGCGCUGACUGUGAAAAGGGCUUCAGCCAGAGCUCCGAUCUCAUCCGACACCAGCUCAGCCACUCAGGAGAAAAGCCCUACAAGUGCCCCGACUGUGGGAAAAUCUUCAGCCAGAGCUCGAACCUCACCACCCACCAGCGCAUCCACACGGGAGACAAACCCUACUGCUGCCUGGACUGUGGGAAGAGCUUCAGUCAGAAAUCGGAUCUCAGCAGACACACAGGAACCCACCUCAAGGAGAAACCUUUCAAAUGCUCUGAGUGUGAGAAGAGCUUUGCUCGGAGCUCAGCACUAAUUAGACACCAGAUCAUCCACUUAGGUUAGAAAACAGUGGUGCUUCUACCUGACAGCAGUUCUGGGGUUGCCCCAUUCAGUUAAAUGUGGUUUGAAGGUUGCAUCGGAGUGAUGCACGUUGGAAGUUAGGGUUCCAGCAUGGUUGCUGCGAUGGCCGCGGGUUCCCGCUGGUCGCUGUGAUGGCCAUGGGACUGGGCCAAGAAUAAAGAACAUCGGUGCCCUUGUAAUCUACAAACCUCCAUCUCAGAAAGCUUGUCUAUUUGCUCUGGCACAAGAGGACUGUGCUUGGGGAGUGAGCAUAAGAUGUGAGUCUAAUGGUAAGGGCUUUCCUUGCAGAGGAAAAGUCAGUUAUUCUGCCAGAGGACGUGUGGCCUUCCCACCCGGGGGCCCAGUGCCUCUGCUCUGAGAGCAAGAGAACUUAGCACAGGAAUGGAGAAUGACCCGUUACCCUAGUGAGAGGCAUCUGAAAGGGCUGGUAGACAGUCAGAUGAGAGAGACAAGUCACCCACACUGGGCAGUGUAGGCUGAUCACUAUCUAUAAAGGUGCUGAAAAAGGAGGAUGCAGGAGGGGAAGAUUGAAAAGGAAAUGGUAGAAUGGAUGAGAGAGCAACACCGUUAAACAAAUGCUAUGACCCUGUGGGCUCCUAAAGCCACCAUUUGUGCCCAACAGAUAUAUCUCCAUCACCCCACUGAUUCCUGCCACAUCAAUGACUAGUGAGAAACACUGACUGAUCAUGAUCACAGAUGAAGUGCCUCAGACUUCAGUGUCAGAAGCUGCUACGCUCCUCAUCUCUGUGAUGGUGAAAGAGCCGGGGCACAGGGCUGGGCAAAAUGCUUCUGAAGAGAGCUGGGAUGGCUGACCCUGUCCUGGCAGGGUCACGCCAAGCAGAAGAGAGCUCCAGAGUGGCGGUGUACUGGGGCUUUGUGAUGGCAUCUGGCGGUGCCACUCUGACUGGGGCUUCAGGAUAAUUUGGGAUCUCUCUCUGUGAAGCUAUCUAACUUCAGAGCUAUUUCUUCUGAGCCUUUUGUGCCCCUCCUUCUGGGAAAAAGGCCCUGAUAUAAAGAGCUCAGAUGCACUUAUGAGAGUGGGUCAAAACUGGAAGGAAAAUUGUGAAGCAUUUUGAAAAUUUAAAAAAAAAAAAAGUGUGGGGGGUUGUAUUUUCUUGCAAACUUUUCUGAAGUCAAAAGGAAAAAUUCUAGGAAGUCCAAUUUUUUUCUCAAAAGUGAGAAACUACAAACAGGAAGCUAUGAUGAAAAACAGUCCCCUGUCCCCCCCCCCCCCCCCCCCCCCCAUUGGUAUGGCAUUUAUUUUCAAUUAAAGCUUAUUUUGUUUGAGAAAUGCCCUCUCACAAUAACCAAAAGUAACUGUCUGAGGAGAAAGCUGAAGCCAAACAUGUUCCUACAAUAAGAUUUUGAGGUUAGCUAGUGUUGGAGUGCUGGAGACCUGCUUGUCUUCUCCCAUGCGAACCCCUGCCCCUCCUGUCCUCCCCUCCAGCUGGUCAUUUUUGUCACACCAGCUGUCUUUACUUGAUAUCCCCAGCACAUCCCUCAGGACUCCUCAGGGAAAUCUAGUCACUGGACUCAUGAUCAACGGGUCAGAUUUUCAAAAAUCUUACUUUGCAAGCACUGCCCCUGGCAAUGCUUAGAAACUCAGAGGUUCCAAGCUAAAGGAUCUUGCUCUUCUGCUCAGGGUCCUACUGAUUGCCAAAAUGGGAGCAUGGAAAGAAUUUCCCCCCUAGGUCAGAUUGUCAAGGGCUGUGAGGAUUUUUUCCCUUCCUUUGUAGCAUUAGGCAGAUCAUUUCCUAGUAUCUUCUGAAUGUAUAAUGACAAGUGACUUCUCUGUCCCUGCAGCAGCAGGGCAUUGGCAGUCUCUCAUUUCCCCUGCUUUCAUCUAUGGCAUAUUACAAAGUGUUGUUGACGUAUUGGGUACUGUGCCUUAUAAUUGUGUGUGAGGGUUUGAAGUGGCAAUUUUGGGGAUUGAUUGGGUUUGCCUUCCAAUUCCUUGGGAUUACCUCUGAACAAAGGGAUUGACCUCAGCGGCCCAGGAGGCCCCUUCCAGACCCAUGCUUUUUCAAUGGGAAGGACCCAGGGUAGAGGAUGGCACAAGCUACUCACAUGCCACAAACAAAGCUUCUGAGUCAGACAUACACAAUUUUCCUGUUUUUCAUGCCUUUGACAGGAGAGAGACAAGCUCAGCCUCCUGCCAACUUGCUCUGAUUUCUCCGCAUGGCAUCAUCCUCUCCAGCCCCUUUGGUCAUACCCUUCCAUCCAUUUCUGCUUCCCUUCAGCUCUCUCCCUCCCUGCUCCCUUUCCUCUGCCGGAGAGAGGGCCCAUCCAAGUUCUUUUAGGGGAAUGCUGCUUUUCCUGCCUUGUGACCCUGAGACCUGUCUGCAUCACAUGAGACUAUUCUAGACCGACCCCAUGAAAGCACAUACCGCCCACCCAUUCCUCUGUGUGCACCAAAUGUCACAAAAUGUAGCACGACUGUGGUUCGAGCAACCCUGUGUGUGCACCAACAGGCACACCUCAGACCGAGAGCAGUGUGGAGGGGACCCUGGGCUCCCCCCUUGCACAGUAGCACCCACCUCACUGACCCACAGCCCCUCUGAGUGUUUCUCUCCUCCUGGCCCCACAUAUCUUCCCCUCUCAGUUUCCUCAUGGGCCACCUUCAAAAGGACUGAGUUGUAUACUGUGGAAGCUAAUAAAGGAUGAGGCAGACAAGG